AUCAGGGGUGGACUGACCAUUUGGAAACUCGGGCACUGUCCGAGGGCCUGGGGUCAGUAGGGGGCCCCAUGAGAUGCCCCUGGUACCUUUUUCAUAGGCUUUUUUGAGUUUGGACAAGAACACAGGGGCCCCAUGAUCCCCUAUUGCCCGGGGGCCCCAUGAGUUGUCAGUCCGCCCCUGCUUCACUUCUAGUGUACGGACUUUGUUGUAUUCUUUCCACAUACAGUUGUGUUCACAAUAAUAUCCGUGUGAUGAUAAAAGUGACUGAAGCUGCA